GGGAGGCGCGAAAAGUCUACCGGCUCCUCCAAUCUGCCUCUCCUCCUCCCCCCCGCACCGUUUUGGUCCAGUCUCUAAGUUUACGCGGAAAGAGGUGACCGUUGAAACCAAAGAAGUUAGACCUUAUGGAAACAAGUAGAAGCUACGAAACGAGGAGAAGCACAAGAGCAAAAGAACUCGCAGCCAAAUCUCGGGUCGAUUGGAAUCGGACUAAGAGAACCAAAUUGCUUGACAGUGAGGAAGAGGAGGAUGAAAGCACAUCCGCAUCAGAGAAGGAAACUGAAACCAGUUCAGAAGAUGAAGUGGAGGAAAAAGGUGAAUCAGUAGUUAAUGGAAGCAAAGAAGAAACCACAGUUAAUGAGAGUCGGCUUCCAGACAUCAACGCAGGCUGCGAUGGCACCGUAGAAGACGUGGAAGAAGAAAGCAUCGUUCCGGGGAAGCACAAAAGGUCACGAUCAUCCGUGAUGUACGAAGAUAGCGACGGAAGUGAUGACAGUGGCAUUGUUAGAAAAGUGUCUGCUAAACGCAGUUGCAUAAUAGACGAGGGAGAUUCAUCUGGCGAACAGGAGCAGCACACAUCUCCUGCAGAGGAAGAUUCAAAAAGAAAACAGAAGAGGCUGAUGAAGCUGCGAGAACUUUCCCAGCGGCUGUCGACUCAGACGAGGAGUGACAGCGAUCAUUGUGAGGAUGCUGAAGAUGAUGUCUUAUUAUUGAAAGAUACCUAUCCAUUAUUCUCCAACUCGGUUGACAUUGGUGACUCAGCUGACGAUGAUAGCAUGAAGGAUUUCAUUGUGGAGGACGAUGAGGAAGGCAAAGAGUUGAAACAUGAGGAAUCUGAGGAUGAUGAAAGGCAGCCACAAGAGAAGAAGCAUGCCAAGUCACACAAAACGCUGUUGGAGCAUCAUAUUCCAGGCUUGGUUCGUUUUAGCCCUUGUGUCCACUUGAAAAGAACUGUGAGAGCCUUUCUCAUCAAUUCAGUUGAUUGCACAUUUUUGAUCUCACUAUACGAAGGGGAAAGGCAGAAGAGAUAUGCACAAGAGAUGCUGAGUUCACUUCGUUACUUGGACGACCGUAUUAUUCAGCCUCGUCUUGACAAUUUGCUCUCCAGAAGUCGUUGGAAAGAACGUUAUAAGGAACGUGUGGAUAGUUACCCUAAUGUCAACAUAAUUUUUGGAAAUGCAGAACAACGUUCCUGCCAGGCCUGUGAACUGCAGAGGUACUGCAAACUCACAGUGGUUCUGUCAGGAAAAUCAUACAAUACCAGAACCAUGGAAAUAGAUGACUUCAUGUCGCAUGACAAACAGAGAUUAAAGGUCGGGAUUGUGUGCGGAAAUCGUACUGAAGUUUAUCACAGACUGAAGCAUUUUAAAUACAAGUUGUAUCAGGAUUGCUGCUCUGUUAUGAAGCAAGACGAAUUUCAGGACGAGCCACUUAAAGACAGAGUGGACAGAGUCUUCAGUCAGCUGGAAGAAGAUGGCUGGAUCCAGAAGCACUAUGCAGAUCUCGAAGGCUACAUGAAUGAUGCAGACUUCUUCCAAGAGGAAAAAAUGGACUGAGUUGUCUAUAUUGCACUUUUUGAAGAAAAAAAUGUAUAUGCAUCCUUUGGACUGGUGAAGACAUUCCUGCGUGCUUGCUCUUUUUCUUCUGCUCUGAGAUGUAAUUAUGUCCCGUAAAUUAUGGAGAUGAAUGGGUUAAUGGUAAUUUGCAUGUUUUAAUUACGAGUCAUUAAUGGAAAAGGUUUUAUAUUGGAAAUAACAUGUUCUGUGUUGAUCAUGCUGAUCUACAAUUAAAAAAAACACCCUGCCUCUGAAGUACGUGGGCGGGGGGGGAGUUCAUUCAAGAAAUGGAAUUUUUUCCUACAGUAAUGCCCAGGUGGAUUGUGUCAGUUUUUGAGAAAUGUUUGACUCCAGUUCCUCUUUUUGGAAGAAGAAUGAUCUACAUGGCAAGAAGUCCAAUAGUCUGUACGCUGGAUGCUGUUUUCCCAGCACGUUUUUUUUUUUUAAGUUGCUAUACGCAUCAAACAUUUUUUUCAAUCCAGAAAAAAAAAGAUGGGGGCGGGGGACAGGGCAGUAACAGAUUAUCUCUAAAACCAGCAGGCCAGCAUUAUUUAUGCAUCCUGGAGACCCAGAAUUCAUAGACCUACUUAUCGGUAGGACAGUGGAAAAAUCUCUAACAUUGGCAUUUACUGGUGCAAAACCAAAGUAGCAAAUCUGGCUGUGUGUGAAACUGAGCGGUGCUGAAAUGAGUAAAAGUGUUUAAUCAUUUCUGCAGAAGGAAAGUAAGCAUUACAGGCGUUGUUGCAUUGUGCUGUGGUUGCAGUUUUGUUUUUGUUCAUGCUACCCGUUGGGUCGGCUUCCAUUUUGGAAACUGGCUGAGACUUCUGUGGAUGUUGUGAUGGAAAGGAGGCUGUUCUACCCCUGAGAGGUAAAAGUUGUUUUCACACUGGUACCUAUGGGAGUGCUGCUCCAUCAUCCAGGCACCUUCUGUAGGGAAGCUGAGGACUGCCUGAAGAGCUCAGGCAGAAAAAGGGGAAUGGUCUCAGCAAGGGAGUGGACAGCUUCAUCAGUAGCUUUGCCUGGUAGUCUAGCAGAGUAGUUUAACCCUACUUCUGGGGGAGAACAGAGUUGUGAAGCCUGUCUCUGGUGAUGAGCAGAACGGGUAGCUACAAGCUUUGAAGAGAAUUCACCACAUAACCUGUAUACAAAUAAAUAUUUGUUUUAUUAAA